GUGAAAUAAAGAUGUAACUUUUUGUCACCGCCCAAAUGCAUGGAUCCCCCGAUAUCUAUCCGUGAAUCUGUGUAUCUGCUGGUUUAUGCAGGGUCCUGGGACUAAAGAGCUGCCGAGCCCUGCAGCAAAGCAUCCGGAAAACAGCGGAGGCUCCCCGUAGACUAGGCGCGCUCGCGCUAAGGAGCCGGCGGUGGGGACCGGGACGGCAGUUCCGAGGAGGAGCGAGCGCGCCAUCCCCGGGAGUGGCCAUGCCGGGCCGGCUCUCAGCCGCUCUCCAGCCCGCGGAUCUGAGGAUCAGGGGCGGUGGGAGGGGUUUGGGGAUCCUGCGCACUUGAGCUUCCUCCUCCCUCUCCAGGUGGCGACAGCAGCGGGAGGCGGGGCUGCCGCAGCCCCAGGAGCAGCAGAAGCAGCCCAAGCAGCCGCAAAAGCAAGAACUGGAGCGAGAGCUGAGGCAGCAGCCCCCGGGAGCCCCUCUGGGUGAAGAAGUGAGCGCGGAGCUGCCUCCGCGGCGGCAGUCGGAGCAGGACCGGCCGCUUCAGGGGCGGUUCAGAGGCAGCGGCUGCGCCUCCCUAGCUCGGGAAGCCGGGCAGGAGGGCGGGGAAGCCCCAACCGAGCGCGCCCAGGUUGCCCCGGCGGAGCAAUGGUGCCACCGCUUCGCCCGGAGCUCUGGGCGAGCCCGGGGCCCCCGUCGCCUCUGCUGCUCGGGCUGGUGCUGUUGCUGUUGCAGCUGUGCAGGGGUCUGCGCGCCGAGGACAGCGGCGCCAUGGAGGAGAUCGCCACCGAGAAAGAGGCGGAGGAGAGCCACCGGCAGGACAGCGUGAGCCUCCUGACGUUCAUCUUGCUCCUCACCCUCACCAUCCUCACCAUCUGGCUCUUCAAACACCGCCGGGUGCGCUUCCUGCAUGAAACCGGCCUGGCUAUGAUCUAUGGACUCAUUGUUGGGGUGAUCUUACGGUAUGGGAUUCCUGCUACCAGUGGCCAUGAUAAGUCUCUCAGCUGUUCUCAAGAAGACAGGCCAUUCAGUACUUUGCUGGUCAAUGUCAGUGGGAAGUUCUUUGAGUAUACAUUAAAAGGAGAAAUUAGCCCUGGAAAGAUCAACAAUGUUGAACAGAAUGACAUGCUGAGAAAGGUAACUUUUGAUCCAGAAGUAUUUUUCAACAUUUUGCUGCCUCCAAUUAUUUUUCAUGCUGGAUAUAGUUUAAAGAAGAGACACUUUUUCAGGAAUCUUGGGUCUAUUCUGGCUUAUGCUUUCUUAGGGACUGCUGUCUCCUGUUUCAUUAUUGGAAAUCUCAUGUAUGGUGUUGUGAAGCUCAUGAAGCUAGUAGGACAGCUCUCUGAUAAAUUUUACUACACUGAUUGUCUCUUGUUUGGAGCAAUUAUCUCUGCCACUGAUCCAGUUACUGUACUGGCCAUAUUUAAUGAACUACAUGCUGAUGUGGACCUCUAUGCCCUUCUGUUUGGAGAAAGUGUACUGAAUGAUGCUGUGGCCAUAGUAUUAUCCUCGUCUAUUGUUGCCUAUCAACCAACUGGGUUGAAUACCCAUGCUUUUGAUGCAGCAGCAUUUUUUAAAUCUGUAGGAGUAUUCCUGGGAAUAUUCAGUGGUUCCUUUGCCAUGGGAGCAGUGACUGGAGUUGUGACAGCUCUAGUGACUAAGUUUACCAAGCUCCACUGCUUCCCCCUGCUGGAGACUGCUCUCUUUUUCUUAAUGUCCUGGAGUACCUUCCUCUUAGCAGAAGCCUGUGGCUUUACAGGUGUUGUGGCUGUCCUGUUCUGUGGAAUUACCCAAGCUCAUUACACCUACAACAACCUGUCAGUGGAAUCCAGAAGUCGAACCAAGCAACUUUUUGAGGUGCUCCACUUCCUGGCAGAGAACUUCAUAUUCUCCUACAUGGGCUUAGCUCUGUUCACCUUCCAGAAGCAUAUUUUCAGUCCUAUAUUCAUCAUUGGAGCUUUUAUUGCCAUCUUCCUGGGAAGAGCUGCCCAUAUUUAUCCUCUCUCCUUCUUCUUGAAUCUGGGCAGAAGACACAAGAUCGGGUGGAACUUUCAGCACAUGAUGAUGUUUUCAGGCCUUCGGGGAGCAAUGGCUUUUGCAUUAGCCAUUCGGGACACUGCCACCUACUCUCAUCAGAUGAUGUUCUCCACAACUCUCCUGAUCGUCUUCUUCACAGUUUGGAUCAUCGGUGGAGGUACAACUCCCAUGUUGUCAUGGUUGAACAUAAGAGUCGGUGUCCAGGAUCCAUCAGAAGAGGAUCUCAGUGAAACCUGCUGGAGGUAUUUCAGAGUUGGAGUUGAUCCAGAUCAAGACCCACCACCCAGCAAUGACAGCUUUCAAGUCUUACAGGGGGAUGGUCCAGAUGCUGCAAGAGGAAACCGAACAAAGCAGGAAAGUGCCUGGAUAUUCAGGCUAUGGUACAGCUUCGACCACAAUUACUUGAAGCCUAUUCUCACUCAUAGUGGACCACCAUUAACUACAACCCUCCCAGCCUGGUGUGGUCUCCUGGCUCGAUGCCUGACCAGUCCACAGGUAUAUGAAAAUCAGGAACAACUGAGAGAUGAAGACUCUGAUUUUAUACUGAAUGAUGGGGAUCUCACUCUGACAUAUGGAGACAGCACCAUCACAGCAAAUGGCUCCUCAGGCUCCCACACAGCCACCACUAGCCUUGAGGGCAGGAGAACAAAAAGCAGCUCAGAAGAAGCACUAGAACGAGACCUGGGAAUGGGAGACCAUGAAGUUUCAAGCAGGGGAACCCGACUGGUUUUUCCUUUGGAAGACAAUGCAUGACCCCAAGAUUCUUAAAGCAUAAGGGUAGGCCUAUAGCCAGGGUAAAGAGGGGUUACAGGCCCUCGUGCUGUUUGUGGUGGAGGAUGCUCAGAGACCAGAAAUAACACUUCUAUUACCAGUGGUUUUAUUGAAGUCUGAAGAUCCAAACCUUAAUGUGACUUCUCCCUUAUCUCCCCCCAAAAUUGUUAAUUAAAGAUGCAGAUGGUGGGGUUAAAGUAUUUCCAAAUCAAAACAAAUAUGAACCUGUUCCCACUUUCUUACACAGUAGUACACAGAAUCCUUUUUUUUAAAAAUAGCAUGCUGUAAUGGUCUAUUAACUCAUUCACCUGCAGUCUUUGAGCUAAGGAGAGGCAUGGGGGGGGAGGGGGGAGGACAUCCCUAAAGGUGAUUCAGAUUGUUAAUUUGUUUCAAGUCUCUCUUGGGCUGCAAAGUGGGAGGUAGGGAAAUAACACGAUCUCCAUGGAAGGAAAUAGAGCAUGGACCUCCAAGAGAUGGGAAAACCAGUGUUAAAUGUUUCACAUGUAAAGAAACGGUAUAAAAUAGCAGCUCCAAAGCCUGGAGCUAUAGGAACAUUUUAUUCUAGGAUUCAUGACUUUGAAAGCUGCUCUAUUUCAUCAUGAGAAAAGAAUGGAAAGAAGGCAUAGUUUCUCUGGAUACUUUAUGUGUUUCUGGACCAUUUGAACCAAAGGCAAUGUAAGAGGGGGAGGAAAAAGGUUUAUUUUGUUUUUGGUUAAGCAAUCCAGGAUUAGGAAGUAUUUGGAGAGGGCAAACGACUUUCAAGCUCUUGAAGCCCACCAAAGACCUGACUUCCAGAACUUGAAUCUGAGCUGUUACUGAUGGGAAUAUAAAGAUUGACUUGGCUUUUCUUUUGCACUGAAAUGAUUGUAAUAAAUGACUGGAUAUUAAGGAAGCUAAGGGGAAGAAGAGGAUAAAGGACCUUUUAAUGGGUAAGAGGAAUUUUACUUGGGAGGAAAAAAAUGGAAAUGGGAUGAGAUUUCACUGGACAAGAAGUAUACUGCAAUGAAAAUAGUUUUUCUAAAGGACCACUGAAUCUCUCUCAGUGAUGUUUUCUGGACUGACAAAUGCCUGAGAUGCCUGCAACAGCAUGGCUAGUUAACUUGAGGGCUGAAAUUCUUAGCAAUUGUAUAAAGGUAGAGAUGUUUUGAGAAAGAUACCCUUUCUUUCAUCUGAAUAAUACCUAUACUGAGGGAGCAUAACCUGCUAUAGGGUUAAAGGCUUUAUCAUCUUAGUCAUCUUCACUCCACUCAGUGUAAGGGGGAAAAAAGAGAGAGAGAGGGCAGUGUCCUUGCUACCUAAGGAGACUAAUAUCAUCUUAACUGUGUGAAUGGAUGGGGUUUUUUCCCCUUUUUUCUUUUUCUUUUUUUGCUUUGUUAAUAGUAAGAUUCUUUCUGUGAUCUUUACUGCCUGUCAAAGACAUCUAAAAGGACUGAAAUGCCAAAACAGUUCUCUGCAAGAAUAUAACUUUUCUUGCAUCUUUCAGCUUUGAAACUAGAAUAUUUGGGGGCCCCAUUUUUGUAAAUGCAUUGAAAAUACAUCCGUUUUUUUCUUAUUACCCAAAGGAAAGUAGUUCCCAUCACACUGUAAAUUACCUUUACUUGAUUUUUCAUAGUGUAUACUCAUAAGUGAGCCAUUUAUCAUAGCCCCAUAAAAACUUUAGAAUUAAACAUGAAGUGUGAGAGAAACCAGAGUUUUGGUGCAUUCAAAAUUAUUUUAUAAAUACUGUUUACUGUUAAGGUAGAGUGUGGACACGUAGAAGUGAAUCCUUAAAAUGAGAAACUACCUCCUCAGUUAUGUCUCUUCAGUAGAGAAACAUCUGCUAAGACUAUGGUGGAUGAAACUUUAUCUCUGUGCUUUUGAAAGAACCUAAUGAAACUCCUAAUUGGAUAUUAUAGAGGGCCUGGACAGUCAGGAAAGUAUUUGAGAAUACAACACCUAUAGACACACGAAGCAGCUUUCUCAGAAAAUAUCUGGCAGUGCAGGCUUUCUGUGGUGGUCGGUGUCUGCAUCCCGAUUAGAACUGUCAGACUUUGUGUGUGCAGCUUGGUACAAAAGGCCAAUGCAGAAUCUUUUCCCUAUAAGGCAUAGUCUUAUGUAAGGACAAGUCCCUAGCUAGCGUUUCUGCAGAACUGGAUUUUUAUUGUGUGUUUUUUCACCCAAGCCUCUCCCACCUCAAAUUUAACAUCUGUUCAUUUAUAUCAGAAGGAAGGAACACACUGGCAAAAAUAUCCUGAAUGUUGGGUAGGCCUUAUUUCAAAUAAACUUGCUCACACCAAGCCUUCACUACCAUUACUGGCAUGGAGUUACUACUGUCUUAAAUUUCUAGGAAAAGUUACUGUUAAUCAUAGGAAACUGCCAAAGUGGAGGAAAACCUGCUAAGUUUUUGCCAUCAGAACCUGAAUUCCUCUGUACCUCAAAUACACACACAAAGAUCUGUGUUGUGGGUUUUUCUUCACCACAAACACUUCACUCCGAGCCACCUGAACAGGAGCAGUAGAAAAUUUGUCAAAACUAGGAAUCUCUUGAGUAAUUCUUGUCUUUUUCCUAUGGGCUUUCCCUAAUACUUUGUGGCUUUUCAAAUACUCAUUUCUUGGGUAAUUCCCAUUUUUGGUCUUAAAAUUGGAAAGAAUAAUCCAGCUAAUAAUCUAGCUGAGAUUCCAGCAAGAUUUUUUGAUCGCUGACAACAACUUCAACCUGACAUAACUUAUCAACCUUCCUUGAAAAGACAAUAGAAAUUUAUAAAGUCCACUGCCCACAAUGAGUAGUACUAGUUGUCUUUAACGUGAGGUCAAAUUGAACUUUACCAACCUUAUGAAAAACCAGACCAAAAUGAACAAGAAAUAGAACAUUUGAUUAAAUGAUCUACACAGAUCUGAAAAAUGGAAAUCUUGAGGGGAAAGAGAAAUAGUAUUUAUGAGCAUCAUUCUCCAAAGUAGUUCUGCUAAGCCUAUUUUGUUCUGGAGCAUGACGAGUCUGUCCUGCCAGGGAGCACAUUAAAGACAGGUUCCUACUAUUUAAUAAUUAAGUCUGAAGUGCUGAGCCUAUUCAAGCAGUCACACAUUCAUCAGCAACCUAGGAGGGAAGAAUUUUCAGGGGAUUAAAAAAUGAAAAAGACAUUCUAUAAAUUCCAACUGAGAAGGGGGUGUUUGAAAUCUUGGUGGAGGAGCUAAGGUAUGCAUGUCUCUAUGUAGAGAGGGUAUUAGGAAGCCUACCCCCAUGACCUUGAUCCCUGUGUGUGGUAAAAACAGAGUUUGUUGUUGCUUCAAGUGAAAGACAGCUGUGUGCUAAAAAACCCCUGCCAACUCUGCUGUUACCAGGGCAGCAUCACAGCAGCCUUCUGUUUCUGAGACAUGCCAGAUGCUGCCUCUAAAGAUACUCACACACCUAGAAAACUCCCCAUCAUUUUGAAAUAAAUACUUGAAAUGAUGUUCAAGAUUUCCUCUUCUUCAAACCAACUCUGAUCAUCCCCCCCCUACAUCUUAGUGUACCUUAGGAACCUAUUCUGAAUCCAGGCUGACACAGGAUUCCUGAUCUCAAAGGAAGUAGAAGGCUUUCAGGAAGUUGUGUGUUCUUCUAAAACAAAUGUCAGUCAUACCAAAAUUUAGAGCAUGCCCACAAACCCCACACUCACCCCCACCACUGAACAAAAAGAGCUCCAGUAAUGACUCUUUUGAAAGACUCAGACUUAGGUUCCUCUCUUGGAGAAGCAGUUUGUGGCAUUUUGUAAUGACAUUGGUAUACAAUUGCAGUAAAGGGAGUAAUGGCUUUCCUAGGGUUUUCUUGAAGAUAAAUAUAGGAAAGGCACAGGUACCUCACAGGCCCUGGCCAGCCCAAGUGUUCACUGGACCAGCAAGACAAAUAAGCUUGGAUGCGUGAUAGCCAGAGAGCAUCUUGUAAAGAGAAAAUAUUUCCAUUAAGUUAAUGGCAAAAAGCUCUUUAACUUGGGCCUCAGGCCCGUGAAAUAUCAUCUAUCAUUUAAAAUAAUUUUGAAAAUCAGAAAAAUAUAACCCCAGGUGCAAAAUUAGGCAUUAGAGAAAAUUCUGACAAAUGAAAGCGUUUCAGGGGGAAAGAGGAAGGUUAAACAUUCCCCAAAGUAAAAAAAAAAAGAAAAAAAGAAAAACUAUUAUUAUAUUAAUGUCAUUCUAGGGUUUUCCCUGAUGGGAACUUAAUAUACUCCCUCAGAUGCUUCCUGUGGCCAAGAUCUUUGCUGAGCAAAUGUUUAUUAAUAAUGUAGUUAAGAAAGACAAUCAACACAAUCUAGUUAAACACAGAUCAGUUUGAACUGACCAGGUUAGUUCCAAGAAAAUGAUUUAAGAAAUAGCUUCUAAUAGCUAUUGUGAAAUGUGAACUGGCCUGAUUUUGUAUUUGAGAGAGGGAGUGGAAUUCAAGAACCAGGUUAUUGGUUUUGAAAGAUUUAUUUUUCUCUCUCGCCACAUGGUAAAUUUAACUUGUUCUGUUUUUGAUAAUGAAUCUCUAAGUUACCACAAUCAAUCACACUUGGUGGGUACCCAACAAGGCUGCCAGUGAAUUCCUUUCUCAUUGAAAAUGGCUUGUGCUAGAUUUCUCUUGCUAAUGUCAUGGGCAGUUUUCUAAUACUGUUAAGUCAUUAGGAUCUACUGGCAAGGGGAUGGCUACUGUCCUCAGUGAGAAGUAGCACUGGGAAGUGAGAUAAUCACUUAAAUUUAUUAGAAUGAUUUUCUUUGCCUCGUCUCCUCUUU